AAUUUAUAAUUAUAAAUAAUGAAUAAUAAUAAAUAAAUCAAUUAAUAAAAAAAUAAUAUUUAAUAAAUAUCGCCACAUAUCAAAUUCUAAUUUCCUAAUUGCAAAAUGUCAUCUUUCGUUCCCUAUAUUGAGAAUAAAAUUGAUACCAGGCAAACUACAUAAUAGCAUUGCAUAAUGACUCAUGCAAUCACACUGGAUGCGGUUCUUUCCUUAUGAACAAUGAUGAAGCGCGUGCAUAUAUGUAUAUUUUAGGACUAGUAAAUAAAUAUGAAACACUUCGUUUUGUUAAAGAAAAAAAACUAAUACAUAUACAUACAUACAACAAAUAUAUAUUAAUGUGAAGUAUUAAAAGUAUUAUUUAAAAAAAAAAAACAAUAUAUUUCAACUUCAAAUCAAUCAAACUCUUCGACAUGCAAUUCUAUAAAGCAAGAAACUAGUAAAAAGAAGAAAAAGGAAAUCUGAAGCAAGGUAAUGGUGAACAUAAAUAUUCCUGAUAGUGGCAACAACGUAAAAGAAAUUCAUUGGUCACUUGACUAACCUCAAAAUAUAAUAAAAGAGAAAAGCCAUAAAAUCAAAAGCUUCACAGCUCACAACAGCAAUAACAUACACAAAAACAAGGCAACAACAACAGCAACAACAAAUUCACACCUAAAUCUAGACGUUUCAGCUUCAGCAAACUGAUUCAUAUUAUCUCUGUGUCUGCUGCCUCUCACUUCAAUUCCCAAAGCCUAGGCCUUACUCUACAACCCUUAAACCCAACCGGCUGUCGUUUUCCUUCCUCUCCAUUAUGACUUUUCUACCCUUCAAUGGCCUGACCUACCUUCUCUUCUCCAUUCUCUUAGUAAUAUUUGUCAUUCCCGAGACACACCCAUUAGCCAUGCAACAUUUCUUCUUCUUUAUUUUUAUUUUUUCCUGAACUGCAGUAUCAUUACAGGGCCAAACCAAUUAGGCAACGUCUUCACUUUCAAAGUAAAUAUAUAUAUAAACUUAAGAAGAGUAUACAAUCUUCAUGGGCAUUCUUGUCUUUCUGAUUUAUUUCUUCUCGUUUUUAACUCGAGGAAAGAAAGAAAGAAAGAAAGAAAUAGAGAGAGAAGAAAACGAAUCCAAUAUCUAUGAUAGCUCCUCUCUCUAAGCCGCUACCCGCCAUGUUUUCAGAGAUUUCCAGCACCAAAAACAAUACGCAUGUCAAACCCUUAAUCUUCUUUCUCUCUCUCACUCUCUCUGUCUCUUAUAUUUUGUUUGACUCUCUUAAAUUAUUUAUCCCCACAAAAAGAGUACAAGAAAACCCAUGCAGAAAGUAACCCAAGGGCCUAAAGCCAUUCUCUUUCUUCUACUCCCUGUUUCUCUCCAUCUAAAAACUCUAAAAGACUCUUCCUUUCUAUGAACCCUGGCUAAUUGUUUUUUAUCAAGACAAGAGAAACCCCUUAUAGAAUUUUAUUUGAGAAAAGAAAUGGAGAGUGAAAAUAUAGACACUGGUAAUUCUGGUGAUGGUACUGGAGCUCAUCAAGUGAACUCCAGAUGGAACCCAACAAAAGAGCAGAUAGGCUUGCUUGAGAAUAUGUACAGGCAAGGUAUAAGGACACCAACUGCUGAGCAGAUACAACAAAUAACAACUAGACUCAGAGAUUAUGGUCAUAUAGAAGGCAAGAAUGUCUUUUACUGGUUUCAAAAUCACAAGGCAAGACAAAGACAGAAACAAAAGCAAGAGAACAUUGCUUAUAUCAAUCGGUAUCUUCAUAAAGCUCAUCAUCCGCCUGUCUUUGCUCCUCCUUGUCCAAAUGUUGUUUGCGGCUCAUACUAUCUUCCACAGAGCGAUUUAGGGUUUUGUCCACAGUAUCCAAGGUUGUUACUCCCUGCAGGUAACUUCAAGAGAAGGCCAAGAACUGAAAAGAUAAUUGAGAAAGCAAGAAGCUGCGCUGUUCCUCAAGAAUAUAACAAUAUCAUGAUUCAGACCAAUGACAGGAACAUUAAUCAGGGAAGAAUUCACAGCAAGAGCUACAUUAGUAACCAAGAAACAUUGCCUCUUUUUCCCUUGCAUCCAACAGGCAUUUUGCAAGGAAGAGAAACUUCUAUUACUGUUUGUUCUCUUGGUUCAACUAAUAAUUCUGCUGAGGAUUCCAUUAAUGCUACUAGUACCCCUUCAAGUUACUCCUCUGAUGAGACUAAUACUGGUGUUAAAGAUUGUUGUAAUGACAAACCUUUCUUUGAUUUCUUCUCUGAACAAGGUGAUGAUCAAGGUCGUAUUGAGAGAGAUUGAAUAUGCAGCAACAUGGCAGUGGGUUUUUUUUUUUUUUUUUGUUUUAGAUGUUUGAAAUGAUUGUUGUUAUUAGGCUUGUGAUUGAGAGACUGAAAGCCAGUAACUCUAGUCAAAUCUAAUUAAUGUACCUUUUGCGACAUAUUUUCUGCCGAUCUGUCUUUUCGCCACUAAAACUUUUUGAGUGCCAAUUUUUUUUUGAAGUUUAGAACGAUAGAAACCCUUGAUCCUUUCUUUUAUUUUAUUUUCCUUUUCUUUUUCUUUUAAGAAUAUUGUUCCUUUCUUUAAGUGAGUAAGAGACAUGACUAAUAAUUGAUUUAUCUAAUUAAUAUCAAUCAACUUUAUAAAUUCUUAUUUAUCUAAUUAAUAUCAAUCAACUUUAUAAAUUCUUAUGAAAU